UAAAUUUAAAGCGAUAUAAGCAAUCGAAUGGCAAACGUGUUUGAGUUUCGAAAACAAUCUUGCUCUAGUCAGCUGGAUUGACCAAGGGAAGUUUUCGUAAUUAAAAGUUUGCUGCCUGUAAUUUAAAGUAUUGCUUGUUGAUGCUAUUUGCAACCGCGAGGGGAUUGAAAAGUUUAGUGAAAGUUAUAUAAGUGCAAUUUAUUGAGCAACAACAGUCAAACGCUAUGAGUGAGAAUAAGGAGCUUUUCAAAGUAGAAAAAAGUGAAACUGUCGGCCGGUACGCUGUGGCUAGUGAGGAUCUCAAACCUGGUGAUGUGAUAUUCAGCGAAACUCCAUUUGCAUAUGGACCCAAAUCAGAUAGUUCAUGCUUAUGUUUGGGAUGCCACAGUCCAGUUGAUUGUGCCUACUUAUGUUCCACGUGCUCAUGGCCGGUUUGCGGGCCGGAGUGUGAACAAUUAAAAGUGCACAAAGAAAAUGAAUGUCAAGUAUUUUCCAACGCUAAAGUCAAGUUUCAAACCGUCGAGGAUCCAACUGAUGUCUGUCUUCAGUACGAAUGCAUAACACCUUUAAGAAUGUUACUUGAGAAGGAAAGAGAUCCGAAACGAUGGGAGGAGGAAAUAUCGAUAAUGGAGGCACACAAUGAAGAAAGAAAGUCCAGACCUAUAUGGGAAUUCAAUCAGCACAAUAUUGUGGAAUAUAUUCGAGGGCCCUGCAAGAUGGACAAAUACUCAGAAGAACUAAUUCAUUUGAUUUGCGGUAUUUUAGAAAUAAACGCUUUUGAAGCACGAACCCCCAGUUGCUAUGCUAUAAGAUGUCUGUUUCCCAAAUUAGCAAUUCUCUCGCACAACUGCGUAUCCAACAUACAUCAUGCUGUGGAUUGUAAUGGAUAUGGAGAACUGAAAGAUUGUGUCGUUACUGUUCGAGCAGCAGUUGAUAUUCCCAAAGGAGGCGAGCUUUUCAGCAGCUACACCUUCUCUUUAUGGCCCACACUUGUAAGAAGAGAAUUUUUAAGGGAAAGCAAAUUUUUCGACUGUACAUGCCCAAGGUGUUCCUCACCUACUGAACUAGAUACGCACAUGAGCAGCCUGAAAUGCCAAAGAUGUGAUAAUGGAGUAAUAAUUUCCACUAAUACGGCAGAUGAUGCUUGUGAAUGGAAGUGUACUCAUUGCGACUAUAAAACUAACGGUCGGGCUGUGAGAAAGGUAUUUGCAGCUAUUCAAAAUGAAAUUGAUCAAGUUGAGUAUAUAGGAGGACCUGAGGGCAUUCAACAGAGGGAAACAAUUUUCAGAAAAUAUAGGUCAGUUCUGCACCCAAACAAUUCCUACAUGACAACUUUCCGAAGCGCCUUAAUUCAACUGUAUGGAAAAACUGAAGGAUACACUUUGGAAGAUUUGCCGGAUGUAAUUUUAGAGAGAAAAAUUGAACUGUGCCUACAACUUAUGGAGGUCUUGGAUAUUAUAGAACCUGGAUUGUCACGAAUCAGAGGUAUAACACUCUACGAAUUACACGGUCCUAUAAUGAUUCACGCAAGACAUCAAUACCAGUACGGUGCGAUAAAUAAGGAAGAUUUCAAGGCAAAACUGCAGGAAUCAAUAGAUACACUAGGAAAAGCUGUGGAAAUUCUUAAGAACGAACCUAUCAGUCAACCAGAAGGACAAUUGGGACAAAUGGCACUGUCUGCUCAUGAGCAACUCAAAGAAAAUUUCGAUGUGUUAGUUGAUACCGCUUAAUUACUGUAAUAUUAUUUCUGAAAAAAAUAGUGUAUUCUUCUAUUAUUGUAGAAGUUUAGUUAUUUUAAUAAAGUGUAUGCAGGACAAA